GUCUAGCAACGCGGGGGGUGCAACGACACGCGUGCACGGUGGACGGGCGCGUUAAGCACCCCGAACUUUUCAGUUUCUUUCGGGGGCUUGUCGAACAGAGAGCGCGAAGGGAAUUUCCCAAUUGAGUGAAUCGGGAGAAUUUACGGACGUUUCAAAAGCGAUCUUCGGCGAGAGACGAGAAGCGGAAUUCGGCGAGAGGAACGCGCAGGAGGAACGAACGAACGCGAAAACCGUCGAAUCUGCAAACAAGGAAACCGGAGCGCAGUUUUUUGCUACAAAUAAACCGAGGGAGACAAAAAAUUAGGGAAUUAAAACGACCGGAAGCUCGAGCACAAACGAAAAUAAUUGAGAGACUCGUCGCGUGAAUGAAUUGCGGCGACGAACUAAAUUACAAGCGCCUCAGCGUAUUCGCCUUCAGUACGAGCCCGCGUGGAACAAAAGCAUGGUGAAGAACGGCGGUCCAGUGAUCAGGAUGGCUUCCGGCGGAACUCACGGUGCGGGAGGCGUCGAGUGCUGUUUUUGCAGAUGCUGCACUUGCAUUCACAUUGAGUUCCUCAAGACGUUGCCCGGCGUCUUCAAGGUCUGCGAGACAAUAAUCAGUGGACUGAUUCAGAGUCUCUUAAUUAAUUACGGUCUCCGAUACAGUGCGACGAUCGGCUCGGCCUUCGAAGGUUCCUUGACCACAUCGUCCGCUUGUUUUUUAACAUCCGCAAUACUGCUCGGCUGCUACGUUGUCUCCGAAAAGUCGUACAGACUCAUCAGAGCUUCGCUGUUCGAGAUGAUGUUCAACGCUCUCGGCUGCUUUCUGUACCUGAGCUCCGCUUCUUAUUUGGCAUUUUCGACGAAAAUGUUUCUUUGGUCCCAAUACUACGUGACGCCAGGUUUCGACGUUUAUCCAGCGAUGUGCGCGGCAUACAUGUUGAGCGGUGUCGUGGGCGUGGUACACGGAGCAGAUGCAUAUUUGUCCUGGCGGCAUUACAAAGGCAGCAGAUAAUGGGUCAAAAUACGAAAAACAAAAGAAAAAAACAAAAAUUAACGGUCGGAAUUCAGGGGACUGAAAAUUCGAAAAAAAUGUUGAUGGUGCUACGUGCUUUUAUCUACAAUGUUAUGUAAUUUUUAUACUCAAUUUUUCAAUGCAAAAAAUACGAUUUUCGUGUAAAAAACAUUCAGCGCUUGUUCAAGAUUUUUUUUCAUCAAUAUCACGCUCUCACUGUUUUCAACGAUGAAUUAUGCGAGUAUUUACAGAAUUAAUAAUCUUUUUGGAUCGUUGCUUAUUUUGUUAGCAGUGACGCACGCGUAACGAUUGCGUGAAAUUGUUUUCGAGAGUGCGUUGUAUCGUUACCGGAAAUUCAUGGUGAAAUCGCGCAGCGAGCUUAUUUUUGCUCUAGCACAUCGCCGUAGACGAGACAACUGAAUAAAUGAUUUAAGUGGAUUUGCUUGAAGCCUCAAGGA